UAACGACGUCGUUUAACAUUCUCAGUGCAAACUCUUUCUACAAGAAAUCAAAAGCUUUUAACUUUCACUACUUCCUUCGUCUCUCUCUCCCUUCGUCGUUGCUCGAUCCGUACAUCGAAGGUUUUUUUGAGGUGAGCUUAAGGUGUGCAAUGGGAGACAGUCAGUACUCGUUUUCUCUCACUACGUUCAGCCCAUCAGGGAAGCUUGUUCAGAUAGAACAUGCUCUAACAGCUGUUGGAUCAGGCCAAACAUCUCUGGGAAUCAAAGCUUCAAACGGAGUUGUCAUUGCAACAGAAAAGAAGCUUCCCUCUAUUUUGGUUGAUGAAGCGUCUGUUCAAAAGAUUCAGCAUUUGACUCCCAACAUUGGAGUUGUUUACAGUGGUAUGGGUCCUGAUUUCCGAGUUCUUGUACGAAAGAGUAGGAAGCAGGCUGAGCAAUAUAACCGAUUGUACAAAGAACCUAUUCCCGUUACGCAACUUGUAAGGGAAACAGCUACUGUGAUGCAAGAGUUCACUCAAUCAGGUGGUGUGAGGCCGUUUGGAGUUUCUCUACUAGUCGCUGGGUACGAUGACAAGGGUCCACAGUUGUAUCAGGUGGAUCCUUCUGGCUCUUACUUCUCAUGGAAAGCUUCGGCAAUGGGAAAGAAUGUAUCGAAUGCUAAGACAUUUCUUGAGAAGAGGUACACUGAAGACAUGGAACUUGAUGAUGCCAUUCACACUGCCAUAUUGACAUUGAAGGAAGGAUUUGAGGGGGAAAUCUCAAGCAAAAACAUUGAGAUUGGCAAAAUUGGUGCUGACAAAGUGUUCAGGGUGCUAACUCCGGCAGAAAUCGAUGAUUACUUGGCUGAAGUCGAGUAAACUUCACCUUGGCCGUGCAACAAAACCAGGAUUUGAAUCCCAGUACUAUCUUUUGUUUCUUCUUGCUGGUUGCACAAACUUGUUGGUGGCUGGUGUUGCUUCUGUAACUCUUUUGGAACUUGUUAAAGACUCGAGACUCAAUUUAGAAUCUGUUUUCAUUUGUUUAGAUAAGUUCAAAAUAUCUCUUCAUGUGAAAUUUCAGAACUGAGAAAAGUAAAUUAAAAUUAUUUAACCUGAGCCA